AUGGGAUCCCUUACUAUCUACGAACUACCUGCAGAGCUCAUUAUACACAUCUUGAAUGCCCUUGAUUAUAAAACACUCCUGCAUACCAGACAGGCCUGUCGUCUGUUCAACAAACUCUAUCAGAAUGCAGCAGGUCUCCAGUACAAGGUCGAACUCGCGGUGGCCAACAUGGAAAAUGGCCCGCCGAGUGGCUUGGGCGCCGCUGACCGUCUGCAGAGACUUAAGCAGCAUCAAGAAGCAUGGGCGACUCUAACGCCUAACGCGCAACAGAUCGUCCCGAUGCUGAAAGGCUCGGUAUGGGAGCUCUACGGCGGCGUCCUCUCGCAGGCACGAGGUUCCUCUACCCUCGCGUUCAAGCAGCUGCCAUCGGUCGUGAGAGGUAUCGAGGAUAAAGAAUGGACCGUCAGCGGUCUCGGAUUCGAUAUUCGGGAUUAUGGCAUGGAUCCAUCACAACAGCUUCUCGCUAUUAUACAGAAGCCUGCACGUUCCAGUGUUAAUAACGAGAUGAUCCAGAUUCAUCUCCGCUCGUUGUUCACGGGCGCCUCGCACCCUGCCGCUCAUGAUCCCGCUGUUUUGACCCAUACGCCGGAGGGCAUACGCCACUCGUUUACCAUUCAGAUAUCGUCUGUCUUCCUUGGCAUCCUCUUUGAAAGUCGGGAUGAGCUUUAUAAUGAGCUUGUAAUAUGGAAUUGGCAAACAGGCGCUAUCGAAAUGUGGAUGAGCGGAACAGAGAUUGCGUCCUUCCAGUUUUUGUCAGACCGGCACGUCCUGGUGGGCUAUGUGAUGCCCCUACUGAAUGUUGACCAACUUGGAGCGCCGCCGCGCGAGCCGCGGCUCGUGGUGGUUGACUUCCUCGUGGCCGCCCCGGAGAAAGUGGAAGCGAAGCGUGCCGACUUCGUCUGCUCUUUCCACUUCCCAAUACUGGCGCAGUGGGCGAUCCCCCUCGCUGUCUCGAUUCGGUCGGACCCAGCCCCGUCGUGGACACCACACCGCGAUCUCCAGGUGCCGUUCUAUACCUCGCGGGAUGAACGACUGUUCGUGGUCACAUUCUGGGCAGCCGACGGCGGCAAUGUCAGGACGAUCCUGCUCUUCACGCUGACGUCUUCUCUCUUCGCGCACAUCGAGACGCUGCAGCCUGGAGAGAAGAAACGUCGCUUUGCCUGGGGAGAGUGGGGCCCCAUGGGCAGCCGCAUGAUGAUGGCGCCGACGGGGCAUUCGGACACAUGGGUGUGCUACGUCUACGGGACGAAAUUCGUGUCC